AUGGACACAUCCGAAGCCCAAUCGCCCCGGCCCUCGCCAGCUGUUACCAACAAGCCGCCGGAGCACACCCACGAUGGCGAGCACUGGAAGUAUCGUCCGCCAUACCAGAUUCACGACCCCAGGGAGUUCGGCCCGGUCAAGUGGCGCGCUCGCUGCGAAUGCGGCAAGGUGUCGUACAUGCUGAAGAGCGAGCGGCCUCUCGACGCUAAAUAUUGUCAUUGCCGUGGGUGCCAGGUCAUGCACGGCGCGCCCUUCCAGUGGGCCGCUAUUUUCCACAAGGAGGAUAUCUCAUUCACCAAUGGGGCCAGUGGACUGGCCUUCUACUCGUCCAGCCAUAACUCGCAGGAGUACCAGUUGCCCACCAAGGUGUCGUGUGCAUUCUGCCACUCGCCGAUCAUGGAUGAAGGCCGCAAUGUCUGUCUACUUUUCCCGGAACUGAUUGACCUGACUGGGUCGGGUGAUGAAAAGAGACGGCAAUUAGAAGGGUUUAAGCCGACAUGCCAUAUUUUCUAUGAGCAGCGGAUGCUCGAUCUUGAGGAUGGAUUGCCCAAGUGGUCGGGCAUGGACAAGAGUAGUGAUCUGCUAGAUGGCCGUGGUCGUAAGCUUCAGCAGUAA